CGAUUAUUUAUGUCGAUUGGGCAAGCUGAAGUGGUAGAUAUCCGAUUUUGGAGCAAGCAAAAGUUUAAGUGGUUUUGUUAUCUCAAAUAAUUUUCCAAUAUAAAAGCAAUUGGUGAAAGGGUAGAAAUCAUCAGUUGAAGAAUAACCAUCUGAAGAAAGCAAUAAUGAACGCCUUCGUUAAAAUUUCUUGCAUCGCUUUAUUGGUCUUUUGCUGCCUCGCUGAGGCGAAAUAUGUGCCCGGAGUUUCCUAUAUAGACAAUGUAGUACUCUCCUACAACAAUGACAUUUGGCGUUGCGACAAACUAGUAUGCCCCGCAAAUACCUACGGCUGUAAGAUCAUCAAGCGCAACAAUCCCAACAGGGCCGACGAAUUGAUUUGUAACAAUAUUUGCUAUGACAAGGAUGGCAAGAAUUUGGUGAAGUUAACACAGACCGAGUCCAUGGUGAAAGCGAAGAAAAUUGAUAUAUACAUCAACUCUUAUUUGGGCGCUCAAUCGCUAUGGUCCACGGGCUAUAGUCUGUCAAGUCAAGAUGUAAAUGCCACCAUCGCAGUCGCAGACUUCCCAGAACUACAAGAAACUACCAGAAAAAUCAUGAGGGAAGUUGACGAAUCGAAUGCCCCUUGGCAAAGAGCAACCGGCAGAUUUUAAGGAGCUGCAGAAUUAAAUUAAUUUCAGUUUACUUUUCUUUUUUUUAAUAAAGAUAAUUUCACUCGG